UCGGUAAACAGAUAAGAUGGCGGCGAGCUCAUCUUCAGAAGAAUCGCUUGCCUCGCUUUGCAGGGAAGCGGAGCAAUUGAAAGUGAAGAUAGAUGAAGAGAAGCAAAAGGUUAAUGAUCUUCAACUAAAAGAUGUUGCUCAAAGGGUGGACAGCCUUCUCCACUCACAUCUCAAAGUACGAAGAAUUCUGAAGGGCCAUCAAGGAAAGGUGCUCUGUUUAAAUUGGGCACAGGACAAACGUCACCUUGUCAGCAGCUCACAGGAUGGAAAAGUGAUUGUUUGGGAUGGGUUUACAACUCACAAGGAACAUGCCAUUUCCAUGCCAACAACAUGGGUCAUGGCAUGUGCUUAUUCACCAACAGGCACCAUGGUUGCUUGUGGGGGACUUGACAACAAGUGUUCUUUGUUUAAAUUGAGCUUUGAUGAUGAUGCUGCCACUAAAAAACACACUGUUGCCAUGCACACCAGCUACAUGGCUUGCUGUACAUUCACAAAUUCAGACCAACAGAUACUGACUGGCAGUGGAGACACAACCUGUGCCUUAUGGGAUGUUGAGUCAGGACAGCUGUUGCAAAGUUUUCAUGGGCAUUCGUCUGAUGUGAUGAGCAUUGAUCUUGCACCAUCAGAGGGAAGGAAUAUAUUUGUUUCUGGUGGAUGUGAUAAAACUGCCCUUGUUUGGGACAUAAGGACUGGGCGGUCUGUGAACUCAUUUCAAACACAUGAAUCCGACAUCAAUGGAGUAAGGUUUUAUCCCAGUGGUGAAGCAUUUGGCACUGCUUCAGAUGAUGCAACGUGCCGUUUGUAUGAUUUAAGGGCAGAUCAUGAGUUAGCAGUGUUUUCCAAAGAACACAUCAUUUUUGGAGCUGCUGCUCUAGACUUCUCAUUAAGUGGAAGAUUAUUGUUCACUGGUUAUCAUGAUUACACCAUGAAUGUCUGGGAUACUCUCAAGGCUGAGCAGCUGUCAGUGUAUUAUGCCCAUGAUAACCGCAUCACUUGUCUAGAAGUAUCCCCAGAUGGGACAGCAGUUGGCACAGGAAGCUGGGACAAUACGCUAAGAGUUUGGGCCUGAAUAAACCAUUGUUAUGUAUGCAUCCUCCAUCCAUCAUAAUAAGAGUUCACAGAUUUUGCUCAUGGUUGGUUGAUCAGCAUGUGAACCCUUAGAAGCUUCAAAACUGAUUUCAGCUUGCAGUGUCUACUUCAUGGAUUUUGCAUCAAAUUUUUCUUUUUAAGUUCAUAAAUUUAUUGUCCUUGUUACAAAAAUGCCAACUCAUUAAAAAAAAAGAGAGGUCUGUGGGUGCAGCAAAGCUGCAACCAUGAGCACUAUGGCUGGAAACCUUAAGGGGUCCAGGGGCAUGUGGAGGCUGAAGAAUUUUCAGAACUGAAGAACUAGUUAGGUACUUGCUUCCUCUACAGAACUGCAGAAGUAAAAUGAUGGCUUUGGCCGGGAACAUUUUGCUCUGAAUCAAGCAAUUCUUGACUAAAUACUCUUAUUUACUUUGUAUUCAUACAACUUAAAGAUGUAUCUUGUGAAUUAUUUAAUGAAUUUCAGGGUAUAUAUUUUCAUUGUUAAGUAAUAUAUGUAUAAAAUUGAAACAUGAUUUUAAGGUUGAUUUGAAGCAAAUUAUCAAGAUAUGAUGUACUAGAUUUUUCUAACUAAAUUGAAAAUCGCAUACAGUAAUUGAAAUGUAAAUAAGAGAAUAAUUUUGAAUAAUUUUUGUCAGUAUACUCAAGAGAGAGUUUAUGUAAUGUGUGCAAUUUGACAAUGGAAAAGAAAUUUUUAUUUUCAAAGUUCCCUGUGUGGUGAAAUUAUUAGAGAAAAGAGUAUCUACCAUCAAACCAGGCCAUGGCCUGAAUCAGACCUAUUCGUCUGGUGUUCCGCUGGAAACCAUUUUUCCCUCAUGAUGUUAUGUCACUGUUUCAUUUAGCUAACACAGACUUAUGAGUAAAUGUUUUUAAUAUCAGUUAUCAUUCUUUUCCUAUUCUGCUUGUUAUCAGUCUCCUUGCCCUCUUCCCCUAAAGGGCUCUGUCACAGGAAAUUUUACUUCUCAGUUGUGUCAUAAUGAUUAUAAUGUGAGGAAACAGUGCUAGGCAUGAUGAGACACAGUGUUUCAGAAUUGGAUUUUAAAAAACUACUCUGGGACAAGCACUGGCAGACUCCACAGGUCCAUUUUGUUGCUUUAGGUGAUAGUUUUUUUGUAUCAUUUUCAAAACCUCUGAAACCCUCCUGUAGAAUGGAAGUUCGACCUUAAAAAAAUAGGCCCCAGAAACUUUAUUUCAAGACCCCCUGGAGAUCACAACUCAGGCAAAGACAAAUUUUAUUUAGAACUCAUAGCCAUAAUUAAUGAAAUAUUGCUUUCCACAGAAAACCACUGUCCACUACAAACUUCACGAAUUGAAUGUAUAUAUAACAUAUAAUUUCUCUGACACAAGAAAGGUUAUACUCAAAUUACAAAACCUUAUCUUUCUACGAGCAUGCUACAGCCUCACGACGGACUGAAACAUUAACUCUUGAAAUUCAAAAAAUAUAUCACUAUAUAGGAAUGUUAUGUAGCUUCUCCUAAAUAAAUGUUCAUGCCCUGAAUAAAAUCUCAGAGAAAAUA